AUGCUCCUCGCACGACAGACCUAUGCAGCCAUGGCCGAGAUCGUCGUCAAACAGCUCCCGACAGGCGCGAGGUUGAUUGACUGGGUUGGGGAGCGCCUCCGGGUACAUUGGAUGGGGCAAGUGCCAGAGUACAAGCAUAUCGUCGUAGGUUUACUUGAUGUGCAGGAAGUGAAGGACGCUAUUCUCGGCUGGUGGGGGGUUCUCGUGGGGGCGCUGGUGGAAAAUUCCAAAAAGCCGCCUUCGUCGAAACGGGCACUAGCGUACGAAAAAAAGCGGGAGGAAGAGCGCUUUCCGAAGCAAGAGGAGUUCAGCAGCGAGCCGAGCAUCGUCCGCAAGGCUCUCGAGCUGGGAGUGGAUAGUCGGCGUGUCGCUCAUAAACUCACUUGCGUGUUCGGGGCCAUCGAUGAGGUCGCCGACAAGACCCUCACGCAACAGACGGACGCGGCCCAUCUCGUCAAAGUGGCGUAUCCUGCCGAAGACGUUGAUCUGGACGUUCAUCAACGGCGUCUGGUGUAUAACAUUGCGGGGUGGCUUUUGAGUAGCGCUCUUUCGCGCGUGAGUAGACAGCGUUCUCUUGGUUCGGCGUUCUUGCCCUUCUUCAACAGCCACAAAGUUGCCUCCGCUGAGGAGUUUCGGGAAGCUUAUCCUCAUUUCAGUGGCUUGGAAUUCGUGGUUGAGGAGAGGAACAAUCCGUGGGAAGGGAAGGGUCUCAUUUUCGCGUCGGCUGAUUUUUUUCUUUUCGUGCGGGCGCUUGAGUCAGGGUAUAGAUCUUCACUGCUCAACCCCGCCCUGUUGGCGGCGCCUUUGAGCUUCGGGAAGAAGGUCUCCGCGUGCCAAGAAGCACACAUAGAACAGCGGGGAACUUUGGCGGCAGCGGUAGCGACGCCAAUGCAGCCUGCACUACGAAACACGUGGUCGUCCUCGAGGACGUGA